AUAUCUCGCCUAUUUGUAAAACAUAUAUACGAUUUGCGAGAGGGAAAAUAUACCGUCAAUGCUUGCACGCAGCUUUUUAGCAACAAAAUCUCUUUGUCGCCAUUAUCAUCAACAUCAUCGUCGUCGUCGUCGACAUCGUUGCUGUUAAUUUGCACAUUUUGUGUAUGUGUGUUUGUGUGUGUGUGUGUGUGUGGCGAAGAAAAAGAUUUGCCAGCAAGAUUAAGCAUCCGAUUCGUAUGUGUCAAAUCGCGCGCUGUGUGCACUAAGAUCCUUGCUUGCUGUGGAAAAAAAGACAUUUAUAUGCAUUAACAUUUUUUGUUUGUUUGUUUGUUUCGUCGAACUGUUGUCGUUGAGUAAUCGCUUCCGUUUCACGGAACUGACAAGAAUUGCAUGGACACAACAAAAGAAAAAAACAAAUACACGUUGGACUCAGAACUGUGCAACCGUACGUAAGAGUUUUGGUUUAAAAUCGCACAACGGAAAAAAGGAGCGACCGAAAAAAAAACAAUCUAUACUGAGAGUAAAAAUUGAAUGUGCGUUUGUGAUAUAAGUGAAAUACAUUGAACACGUAAAUAUUUAUAAACAGUUUACAGUUUAUUUUUUGGAUUUUUCUUUUCGUUUUUCAAUCCGAUUGAGAAACGAAUUUAAAACACUGCAAACGAAUCACAUAUACGAACAAAUCGCCGCGACAGUGGUAGAUUAACAGCGGGCCAACUGAAUAAAAGCGAGAAAAGAAAUAACGAUACAACGAAUCGAAGCCACCGCAACUACAACAAAAGUCUUCAACAACUGGUUUUAAGCCGUUGAUAUUGGGAAAUGAGAAGUGACAUGCGAUGGCUGUUAUUAUUAACAGCCAUAAUCGGAAUCGUAGGAUGUGCUGAUGCACUUAAAGCAACUUCAUUGAUCUUCGGCCGAGUACCAAAUUCAAAUAAAACAACCGCCGCCACAAUACCAACAACGACCACCACCACAUCAACAACGGUGGCCACAAUCGAUGGAGAUCAAGAAAUCAGCGAUGACGAGAAAAAUGAUGGUGAAGCAACUGAUGAAGAAUCAACGAAACCACCGUUGACCGGAAUACCACAGAUCGACUACAUUUGGGAUCCAAACUUACCAAGAGAACUCAAUGGAUUCAAUCUGUCCACGUAUCCGUUCUUGAACUCCGUUCCCGACAGUGAUGACAUUGAUUUCAAGUGCGACGGAUUGCACGAUGGCUUCUAUGCUUCCAUCAAAUAUAGUUGUCAACUUUAUCAUCAUUGCGUUUAUGGAAUUCGACAUGAUUUCUUGUGUGCCAACUUCACCGCUUUCGAUCAGAAAUCGUUCAUCUGUCACUUUGUGUCCGAGGUCAAUUGCAAAGCAUCCACCAAAUACUGGUUUAGAAAUGAUGCUUUGUACAAGGCGACAACCACUACAUCAACAACGACAACAACAAUCGCACCGCCUCCAACGACCAGCCAAGCACCCGAACGUCCACGUCGACCGGAGGGAAGACGACCAUUGCGCAGAAGAAGACCUCAACAUGAAUACUACUAUGAUGAUGAAGACUAUGACGACGAUUAUGUCGAAGAACGAAUGAAUCGAAGACGUAAAACGAAUCGAAAUAGAAAUCGUCGUCCAUCCGAGUAUGAUGAUGAUUAUGAUAGUCCGCCACGAACAAACUACAAAGAUGACGAAGAUGAUUACUCGUACGAACAGAGAUCAACGCACCGUCAUCGAAACCGAAACCGGGAUAGUGACGAUGACUUUGAAUAUGAUCGGCGAAGCUAUAGAAAUCGAAAACGACCAACCGAGAAUAAAAGACAACAUGAUGAUGAUCGACGAAAUGAAGACACUGACGAGCGUCGACCGCAUUCCGACAGCCGAAAACACCAGCACGAUACAACAACCGAAAGUGGAUUAAAACGCAAGUUUAAUGACCAUCGAACAUCAGCGAACGAUGAUCGAAAGGCACACAACGACGAUAUAAGUUCAUAUGAUGAUCGACGUUCUUUGGGCGAAGAUGAUAGACCUCACUCGGACGACAGAAGAACAAUGCAUGACGAGCGCCGAAAGGUGAACGAUGAUCGACGACCGGCGGAUGAUGACAGAAGGAGUUCGAUGGAUGAAGGUCGACGAAACACACACGACAAACGGCGACCAACAUCCGAACGAAGACCACAAUACGAAGAUGAUUACGAGGAUUUGCCAAAAAAACAGGGCAACCAUGAUGAUGAGGAUUACGAUGAUCGUUCAUACAAACGGCCACAUGGUAACAAACCGGAAAUUGUUCCAAAAGUGCGAUCGUCAAGUGCAACCUCAUCGAUUUUCAAUCGACCACGUGCACCACCGAAAAUCAGUCGUCCCGUUCCGAACAAUGAAAAGAAAAAGUAUGAGUACGUACCACAGAAAUCGGAAAAGUCAACAACAGCAGCGGCGCCAGCAACCGACGAGGAACUCUACGAUGAGUAUGACUACGAGGGAGAAAAGAUGGCACACAUAGAUAUUAAACACGAACCGGCUGAUAGUAAAAAGGGACAACCGGCUCCUUCUAGUCAACGCGAUCAGCGGCCGGGACCACUCAGAGUCGAACUGAAACAAGAGAAACUUUCGUCCACCUUCAAUACCGAUGAGUUGGAGGAUGAAGAUUUCGAUAUAAAAGAUAAGGUGACAUCGAUUAAACCGCAACGCUCAACAUCGCCAAAAGUUGAACCAGCCCAACAGCCACAGCAGCAGCAGCAGCAACAACAUCCACAACGACCAGCCAAGCCAGAUUACUUUGAGAAGCCGAGAGAAACGCCGCUUAAAUCGAAUGAAAGACCAGCAUUAGAUUUCAAUAAGGAUGAAUAUAUUCCGGACUCGGAUCUAGGUGAUUAUCCCGAUGAAGAAAUUGACGAUCGGUUGACAAAAGAAGAGGAAAUUCGUCAACCGGAAUCGGUACCAACGCGAACUGAAUUCCAUCCAAAUCCAGUACCAAUCCAGGAGCAUCAAAUGAAAGUGCCGGAACCGAUCGCCAUUCCAAAACAAAUCAAAGAGGAAAUUCUGCCAAAAAUCCCAUACGCACCACCGCAACCACAGCAGGAUUUGCAAUUCAAGACGAAGUUCCAUCGAUUGUCACCAUCGAGCAUACGAACGGCAGCCGAAAGCUUCCAGAAGCCAAACACUGAACCCGAAGAGCGUGAUGUCUAUACCAUUUUGGCGAAAGACACAAUUUCAUCGAUUCGUGAACCAUCCGGUUUCAGGCCCGUCAGUUAUAAUGAACAGCCACACGAUUUGGAUGCGGACACAAAUCCAAAGAAUCGACCAUUCGUACGCAUUAUGAAACGACCAUUUUUGCCAAGUCGCGGCGGAAGCCCAUAUUUACCGAGGGGCUUGAAACCGGUUGGCGCUGGCAUCACAACAUCUGAAUACACUACCGAAAAUUCAUACGGUAGUUCAAAAUCAUCGUCGUCAUCGUCGGCGGCGGCGGAGGCCAUAGGCAACUUGCAAUUGUACGGACACCAAUUACCAAUUUCCCGUACAAGCCCAAACAAUGCGUACGCACAGCCACAAUCACAAUUUUCAAUGCAAAUGCAUGCGCCGAGCAUUCUAAGCGAGAUGCGAACAACCACACAACAGCCACAAAUCGAACCUCCGCGCAGUCCGCUCGAUGAAAUUUUCAACAGUGAUUACGAUGUCACGCUAAACGAUGCUUUGAAUCCAACAUUGAAGCCACUGUCACAGAGCCAUGAGUCUCCCAUAGGAUUUUCAUUAAAUAAGUAUGAUCGCGCAAAUCCCUAUGCACGAUCAGAUGUAUCGCACGCGCCCUCGCAAUACCGUUCGACUGCCAUUCCCAUUCCCAUUCACUCUCGACAAGCACCGCAAACGCCAAUACAACAACAGCAGCAACAGCAACACCAACACCAACAGCAACAGCCACAACAAAAGCAGCAACAGCAACAGCAACAGCAACAGCAACAGCAACGACAGCAGCCUCAACAAUCUCAACAAUCUCAAUACUACGAUGACGAAGAAUACGAUUAUUAGUAAACUAAAAUGAAAGUAGCUCGAAAAAGAAAAAUAAAAGAAAUUUUCAAAACAAAGCAAUUUUAAUUUAUGUUUUAGGAUUUAAAGUGGAUUUUGAAAUGAAAUAAAAAAAAAGCAGACAGACGAUUAAAAAUCCAUAUGAUUAAAUCGAAUUACGAACAAACCGAUGUAGCAACCGCCGAAAUCAAUCACAGAGUUGAAGAUGGAAAACAACAGUAGUAGUGGCCGUAAUAGCAUGAGAGUAUUUCAAUCUAUUAAAUCCGUUGUCCCGUUUGUGUAAAUAUUUUUAAGACAAUUUCAAUGAGAGCGAUGGAGAGAAAGAGGAAACGAAAAUUAAUGUUUUUUUUUUAAAAGAAUACUCAACCAAGGUGAUAAACGAUGUAUCGUAAAUCGUAUGUAAUAGUUUUUUUUUUUUGUUUUUCUUUUUGUUUUAAUUUUCGGUGCAAUUUGUCAAAUCGAGUGACAUAUCGAAUGAGAGAGAAUGAUGUAGAAAUGGAGAAAAUAGGACAGAGACCGAUGAAAUAAAAUAAAGAGAUGAAGAAACAAAAAAAACACAUAAUCAUAAAACGAUACAAAGAAGAAUUUGCGUUGCUAUUUAAGAUACGCAAAUCGUUAAGAAGUGCGAUUCAUUGUAUGUGUGAUCGCGCGCUCAACCAAUAAACUGAAAACAAUAGAAUUGAACAUUAUUUUAAUGUAAAAUCUAAUGAAAAAAAAACGAUGGACGAUAAGUAGACGUAGAGGAUAAAAUACCUAAAUGUAAUGAUAUUUAAUAAAAAGAAGAAAAAAUCAGACAAAAAAAAGCACA